CCGCCGCGGCAACAGCAGCGCCUGCCUGCCUGCCUGCGCCAUGGAGGGACCCGGGCGGAGAAGCGGCGCGGGCGGCGCUCGGCGCGAUGCUGGCGGGACGCCGCGGGGACAGCCGGAGACCGGUGUAGAAACAUGGCUGCCUAUCGGGACUCUGUAGAACACUCCCCAGCCGGGCCGUAGGCGCUAGCCUUGCUUUUCUCUCUCUGUUCCUUCGUGUGAUGAGAGAGCAGCAUCUUCUGUGAUGUACUCCCCAGAGUGCAAGGCGGAGGUGACUCCCUCGGAAAACGGCAACCGCACCUUCAGCUACACGUUGGAGGACCACACCAAGCAAGCGUUCAGCAUCAUGAACCAGCUGCGCCUGAGCCGGCAGCUGUGCGAUGUGACCUUGCGGGUCAAGUACCAGAACCUUCCCCCGGCCGACUUCCAGGCCCAUAAGGUGGUGCUGGCCUCCUCCAGCCCCGUCUUCAAGGCCAUGUUCACCAUGGAAUGCCGGGAACAAGGCAUGCAAGUGGUGCCCAUUGAGGGCAUCCACCCCAAAGUGAUGGAGCGCCUCAUCGAGUUCGCCUACACCGCCUCCAUCUCGGUAGGCGAGAAGUGUGUCCUGCACGUCAUGAACGGAGCGGUCAUGUACCAGAUUGACAGCGUGGUCAAAGCCUGCUGCGACUUUCUGGUGCAGCAGCUGGAUCCCAGCAAUGCCAUCGGCAUUGCCAACUUUGCGGAGCAGAUCGACUGUACCGAGUUGCACCAGCGGGCGCGAGAGUAUAUCUACAUGCACUUCGAGGAGGUGUCGAAACAGGACGAGUUCUUCAAUCUCUCCCAUUGCCAGCUGGUGACGCUCAUUAGUCGGGAUGAGCUGAACGUGCGCUGCGAGUCCGAAGUCUUCCACGCCUGCAUCAACUGGGUGAAAUAUGACUGUGAGAACCGGCGCCUCUACGUCCAGGCCCUGCUCAAGGCCGUGCGCUGCCACUCGCUCACCCCGCAUUUCCUCCAAAUGCAGCUGCAGAAGUGCGAGAUCCUCCAGUCGGAUUCCCGCUGCAAGGACUACCUGGCCAAGAUCUUCCAGGACCUCACUCUGCACAAGCCCACCAAAGAUGCCCCCUGCCGGGCGCCCAAAGUCGGCCAGCUUAUCUACUCUGCAGGGGGCUACUACCGCCAGUCCCUCAGUUACCUGGAGGCCUACAACCCUUCCGAUGGCUCCUGGAUCCGACUCGCUGACUUGCAAGUGCCCCGCAGUGGCCUGGCUGGCUGUGUGGUGGGUGGACUGUUCUAUGCGGUGGGUGGGAGGAACAACUCUCAAGACGGCAACAUGGACUCGAAUGCCAUAGACUGCUACAACCCUAUGAACAACCAGUGGUCCCCCUGUGCUGCUAUGAGCGUACCCCGGAACCGGAUUGGCAUCGGUGUGAUCGAUGGCUUGAUCUACGCAGUGGGUGGUUCUCAUGGGUGCAUUCAUCAUAACAGCGUGGAGAGGUAUGACCCGGAACGUGAUGAAUGGCAGUUAGUGGCACCCAUGCGAACGCGCCGGAUUGGCGUAGGGGUGGCCGUACUGAACCGCCUCUUGUAUGCAGUGGGAGGCUAUGAUGGCACGUGCCGCCUCAGGUCGGCAGAAUGCUACUACCCAGAGCGGGACGAGUGGGAGAUGAUCACUCCGAUGAGAAGCAUCCGAAGUGGAGCAGGGGUUUGCGCCCUGAAUAACUGUAUCUACGCCAUGGGAGGCUAUGAUGGCACGGACCAGCUGAACAGCAUGGAGCGUUACGAUGUGGAGACGGGCACCUGGUCCUUUGUGGCAUCCAUGAUUCAUCGGCGGAGUGCUCUGGGGGUCACUGUGCACCAGGGCAAGAUCUACGUGCUGGGUGGCUACGAUGGUGAGACUUUCCUGGCUAGCGUCGAAUGUUACGACCCCACCACUGAUACUUGGGCUGAGGUGACGCACAUGACCUCAGGGCGCAGUGGCGUGGGGGUGGCCAUCACCAUGGAGCCCUGCCGUAAGCAGAUGGACAAGAACUGUGACUGUAAAAGCAACCAGGAAGAGGGGAAAUGAUGGAAGGGAGUCAGUAUUAAGACGCAGCUGCUGCUAAAUCCUCCUCUGCCAGAAUCGAGGAAGAGUGCCAAGGAAGAGUGAAACUUCCAAACCUAUUUAAAACUGCCUGGGAGGUGACCCUUGCAAUGAAUAACUCUUAUUCUGUGUACUGUUUGUCAGGAUCGUUAUAGCUGCUGAUCCUUGUUGCCUCUGCCUGUUGAACAGGCCUAGUUCUGGACUGUGGGAGGGACAGUGCAUCAAGCCAUGAAGAAACAACCCGAGACCUAACCAGAAGGAGAGCAUUAAUGCUCAUGCUCGCUGCACAUUAUUGUUGCGGUCUUCUGCAGUUAAUGAACCGGCAAGCGUUCGUCUAUUGAGGGGGGGGCUGCUUCUGACGUAUCAGCAGGGAGGGGGCAGCACCCCUCUUUGAAAGCUGUGUUGGACAGACAUUUUGAGCAUAGACUCCAAUACCCUUCUCCGUAUAAAUACAUAGAGGGAAUGCUCAGAGUAGGAGGGAGAGCUCUUACAGGAUGUUCUUAUGUGACUGAUGUCCUGCAGGUAAGUAACAGUAUCAACGGGAACAGGAAAGCUCAGGUGUGGCCCUGGCUAAGCUGUUUUUUUGAUCAGUCCCUAGAGGGAAACUGCAGGUACCAGCCUGGGCAAGCCUUGCUUGGGUUUUUUGGGGUGGGGGGUGGGGGGAGAACUCACACCAACCAGGAUUUGAAAUGAACCGGGUUUUGAAUUACACUUUUCACGUGAAUAAAAAAAAUUGUGAUUAGUACUA